CGUACAGCUCACAUGUUGGAUCGCCAAAUUGCUUUGAGGCUUUUGCAGGUUUUUCUGCUGAUGAAAGGUUCCUUUAGAGGUUCCUCUGAAGGCUCCCCCUUGAGUGGUCCUUGUGGGGAACACGAGGAGCGAGCCUGUAUGCCGUGCACAGAGCCUAAAUGCUCCCAUCAAUACGUGAAUGAGCCCCUCUGUGUUUUCUUCAAAAAAUGUCAUUUAGGAUGUGGCUGCAAAUUCGGUUACAUACGCGAUGAUAACAGUAAUAAAUGUGUUCCUAACUACGAGUGCAAAAUUCCAGUGCGACAACUAAAGCCUCCGAUUAUAUAGAUUGUAUUUUUAGGAUAAGAAAAAUAAAGGAUUCUUUUAUUAAUUCCAAA